AUGGUCAAAGGCACAAAUUUAGCUGUCAGAGAUAUGUUGUCGAGUGAUCCUUAUAAAGCGCAAACAACUGUUAUGAGGAGUAAUCUUAAUCCUAUAUGGAAUGAGGAGCUGAUGCUUUUAGUGCCCCAGAAUUAUGGGCCGUUGAAAUUGGAAGUGUAUGACUAUGAUACAUUUUCUACUGAUGACAUAAUGGGUGAGGCAGAUAUUGAUAUACAAUGGAUGAUAAGUUCUGCAAUGGUAUAUGGGGAUGCUGCAAUGUUUGGAAACAUGCAAAUUGGGAAAUGGAUAAAGGCGGAUGAUAAUGCCCUCGUAGAAGACACCAUUGUGAAUAUAGUCGAUGGAAGGGUGAAGGAGGAAGUGAGUCUUAAGCUACAGAAUGUGGAAUCAGGAGAGAUUGAUCUAGAACUAGAAUGGAUUUCUCUUGAGCAAUAA